GUGUGUGAUUGUGGUGCAGGGUCUGUCCAUGGGUCUGCUGGGACAGUCUCCAGCCUCGCUGAUAGGACUGUGUGUCACAUCAUUCUCACAUCCUAAAUUCCCUAAAAUAUCCCUUACUAUUCAUCUGGACUGUUCAGUAAGAGCAUUAUCCUGGUCAGGGUGGCGUUGGAUCUGGAGCCUAUCCCAGGAAAACCGGCGCGAGGCGGGAAUACGUCCUGGAUAGGAUAGGAAGCAGUUCAUUACAGGGCACUAUGGUCAGACUCACUGAUCCAUUCACACCUAGAGGAUCUGAGACAGUCCAAUUACUGAGAAUUUUUGGGAAGGUGGAAGGAAACCGGCAAAACCAGGAUGUGAAGACUGGACACUGAGCCUGGAAACUGGAAGUAAUUCUUAGUAACUGUAAUUUUAAGAUGUUGCCUAUUGAUAAAAGAACAGGAAACGUGUGCUUGAAAAUGACCAGUAAUGGAAUUUUAAGGGGCUGUUGUUAGAAUUCAAGCUACAGGACUGUAGGAUAAAGGAUAGGCAGCAGUGCAUGUGCAGCACGCGCAGUGUGGACUGGUCAGACACGGUGCGUCCGCGUCUUAUCUUGCUGUUUGUUCUUCUUCAGCUUAUUAAAUGGACAGUGUAAUGGAUGUAGUGUCCGUGACUCCAGCAGUCUCUUCUGAAGGCACUGAGCAGGAGCAGUCAUCCGAAAGGAAUGCGCUGGCAUCCGAGGCCAGCUCCGACUCCGAUUAUCUGAGGUCCGCGUGCAGCGAGUCCAGCUCAUUCAUCAUGGCUCAGCCGAAAAUAGCCGUGGACGCGCCGUCCAAGCUGUGGAUAACGACCGUUUUUGUAGUCAUCGUUGUUCUUCAAGUCGCGUCGACCACUGGAUUAUUCGUUUAUCUCAAUAUGUCAGUGGCUCAGGCACGGAGUCAGGGUAUGUCCGAGGAACUGCGCUGUCUUGGGCUGCUGAACGCUCUGGAGAAAGAUCAGGAAGUGCCGGAUGGUCUGGUACAGCUUUUUGGUGAACCAUGCAUCAGACUGGCUGAAGGAAUUAAGACUUAUAUAUCCAAGGUUACAGAAAACAUCAUCUCUCAGCACAUCUUUCAAGGACAAAGACAAACAGCCGAGCCACGUCUGAAAGUUCUUCCUGGUGGGAACCAGCGGCCCUCCGCUCACCUCACCCUCCGAGACAAUGGACUACAAGGCCCAACAUCUUUAACUCCUCAGAGAGACCUCCACCAGUCCUGCCGUCACCUUGUACGUUCCUGGGGAAACCAGAGCUUCGGCUCGCACAUGCACAACAUGACGUUGUUCAACGGGCGCCUGCAGAUCCCUCAGACGGGACGCUAUUACCUGUACGCUCAGAUCUACUUCAGGUACCUCACACUGUCCAAUGGUGAGCACCAGUCCAGCUCAGAGAGCCAGCAGGUGGUGCAGUGUGUUUAUAAGAAGACGGCUUACGUCCAGCCAAUUCAGCUGUUAAAGGGAGUGGGCACCAAGUGCUGGUCCCCGGACAGCGAGAACGCCCUGCACUCCAUCUACCAGGGAGGCAUGUUCGAGCUGCGCGCGGGAGACGAGAUCUUCGUCUCAGUGUCCGCUCCUACUGCGGUGCAUGCGGAGGACUCGUCCAGCUACUUCGGAGCCUUUCGGUUCGACCCCUGAGCACUGCUCAUUUGGGUGUCUCUGAAGCGUUCAGUGUUUGGACUGUGAGAAAAAGGAAAGGAGUGGGUGGAAUAAGGAAGGAUCUAUGAAACUUCCUGUUUACUCAGAAACCUCUGUGAAGCCAGAGCACAUGACUCAACAGCAGAAUAAUGGGGUGCAGAAGGCGAUGCAGCUAUUAAAACCAGAAGGAUGCUGAAAAGAAAAGACAAAAAUGAAUUCUUCUAAAAAAGCCCAGGAUAAAAGUCAUACUCAGAAGUCAUCGAGUAAUCACUGCUCUUUUCCAAGGAGCAUCAUGACUGGCAUGAAGUUUUUUCCUCAGGGACCAUAAAUGGGACUCUAAUGGGUGGUCCAGAGUUUGUGGGAACACAGCUGAGGAAUUUCAUGAAUUUAGCACAAAUUAGUCUGCAUGAAGAGCGCCACAAUGUACGGAUAUACAAACACACCAGUGUUCACAGCUGCUUUGACAGAGAAGUUAACAGUCCAGGACAAAUUUAUGAGAAACAAAAGCCCCAAAUACUAAAAAUCUGUAUUAUUAGUUGAAGGGCUGAAACAUAUUUUGUGUUAAAGUCUGCUUAUUUAGUUUCGUUUGCACUGGAGCUACUAGUCUUAUAGUCAGUGAUGCUUAUAUCCUCCUAGUGAUGUGAAUGAAUCAGAUCAUUUGACUCACACAAAGGAACAGCUCAGAGGUUGAAACUGAAUCAUUUAAACAGCUCCUAAAAAUGAAUGAGUGAGUUAUGAAUGAGUGACCAUCACCAGAACAAUUCAAUACCCAUAGUUUAACAUUGUGCUAAAUGCAAAUGCAUCACACUCAAAACACUGUCAAGUAGUAAACAGUCUCGUUUACGUGGUUUCUGACACUCUUAUCGGUAAAAUGGACAAAGAGCAAAAGCAAUUCUGAGUCGUAACGCCAUCUCACUUGUCACGGUCUUCCUCGGCCACUUUAGUAGGAACACUACACCAACAUUGGAUAGGACAUGCUUUUCUGCUCCACCAAAGAAGUGAGUUCCUGCGCUCCUGCCCUCUCUCAUCAACAUUUCCUUUAUAAUAUGGACUUUUUAUUUUAUUCUGUUCUGAACAACAGCAGCACAUAGUCCAUAGUAAGGAGAUUUUUUUUGAGCUACAGCCAUAUGCUAAACUUAAUUUGCCUCAUAACUCCAGUACAGAAUUUAAAAAAGCAAAUGUAUAGCAGUGACUGACUUAUUAAUUUCCCUAUGGGCUGACAGGGUGGUUUACAUCCAUAACCAUAAUUUAAAUGAAAAUAAACAACCUCUGACGGUCUAAAAUCUUUUAUUUACCAGUAUUCCUGCUAACAUGCAUACGUUUCCAACAACGUGAUGGGUUUACCUAAACAGACUGCUCUGUACAAGAUAAACAUGUGCUUAAAGAUCCCAGAUGUGGAAAAUCCAGCUAGAAAGCACUCUAUGACCUAUAGCUGUUUUUUGUUAGGGGUGAGUUUUUCAUCUUUGGACAACUGAAUGAGCUUUAAUCAGUGCAAGGUCCAUCCAGACUGGACAUGUGAAGACUUCUCAAUCACUUGGUCUCUUUCCAGUCUUCAUCUGUCCAGUUUCGGUGAGUCUGUGCCUCAGGUUCUUGUUUGUGGCUGAAGGAGUGGAACCUGAGGUGGUCUUCUGGUGAUGUAGCCCUAAAGUUUGAUGUUCUAAUGAUGGUCACUGUAGUCUUCCUGUAAGCUCAGACCAGUUUGUUCGUACUCAUCUGAUCUUUUUUUCAACAACAAGGCGUUUCCACCCACAGAAGUUCCCAGGAGAUCAACAGUUUAUGAAAUACACAAUCCAACCCAUCUGGCACCAACAUCCUUGCUACAGUCAAAGUAACAGCGAUCACACUUCUUCAUUCUGAUGUUUCCUAUGAACAUUAACUGAAGCUCUUGAACUGUAGCUGCAUGAUUGUUUGCAUUGUGCUGCUGCCACACCUGACUGGCUGCUUACAGAAUGCAUGAAUGUGCAGUUGUACAGGUUUUCUUUAUAAUGUGUGUAUAGUGUACAUACUUUGUGACUGAAUAAGAGAAGAAACUUUUAAAAGAUUCUUCUAAGUAGAUUUCUUACAAUUAAAUUGUACGAUUAAAGUACAGCUGCAACUUUUCUACCCCUGCGUUUCAGUUGACACAAUCCAGGUACUUUUUUAAUGGCCUUGAGCUCUGAAUUGUAAAUUGGCUCUUUAAGAAAAUAAAAGACAUUCUUAUG